UCAUGGGUGUGGCUGUGUACUAAUUUUGUAGGAAGCAUAUUAGAUUGUUUCAUGUCACCGUUUUUAUAGACGAUAUCCCAAAUUACCUGUAAUAAUUGAUGGACAUGGAUUACACAGCAACCCAAAGUGGGUUCAGACAGCGUAAGUUACGUACGUUGAUCAAAGUAUUGAUCCCAAAAUGAGGAUGAGGAACACGUCAAUGGACGGGACUGACCCCAGCCAGCUGUUUGACGACACCAGUGCAGCGCCGGGGGUGCAGCCCGCUGGUUUCCCGGGCCAGGGUGUUGGGGCGAUAGGCUACCCCGGCCAGACCCUCCUCUCAGACCCCAUGUCCAACUUGGCCAUGGCCUACGGGAGCAGCCUGGCCAGCCAGGGCAAAGACUUGGUAGACAAAAAUCUGGAUCGUUUCCUCCCCAUCUCCAAGCUGAAGUAUUACUUUGCUGUGGACACAGUUUACGUGGGCAAGAAACUCGGCCUGCUAGUCUUCCCCUACAUGCACCAGAACUGGGAAGUGAACUACCAACAGGACACCCCAGUGGCUCCACGCUUUGAUAUCAACGCUCCUGACUUGUACAUUCCAGCAAUGGGUUUUAUCACAUACAUCCUGGUGGCUGGGUUAGCACUCGGAACACAGAACAGGUUUACCCCUGAGAUCCUGGGCAUGCAGGCUAGCUCGGCCCUGGUGUGGCUCAUCAUGGAGGUGCUGGCUGUCCUCCUCAGUCUCUACCUGGUCACAGUCAACACAGACCUCACCACCAUCGACCUUGUGGCCUUCUCCGGAUACAAAUAUGUGGGGAUGAUUGUAGGGGUCGGGGCAGGGUUACUAUUUGGUCGAACGGGGUAUUACCUAACGCUGCUGUGGUGCUGUAUAUCCAUCUUCGUCUUCAUGAUCCGCACGUUGAGACUAAAGCUCCUGUCUGAUGCAGCAGCCCAAGGCGUGUUGGUCCACGGGGCCAGGAACCAGCUGAGGAUGUACCUGACCAUGUCCAUCGCAGCCGCCCAGCCCAUAUUCAUGUACUGGUUGACCUAUCACCUGGUCAGGUAAGACCACGAGCUGACCAGGAGUGUUUCAUCUGACAUGACACUACCUCUCUAUGGAAAGAUAAGACGGUUCACUGACCAUCACCUCUCCCCACCAUUUGCUGCGGAGGUGCGGCGGAGGUGCGGGACACUUGCACGGAUCAAUAAAAACACACAAAUGGCAUUGUAGAAUCAGCAUUGCCAAGUCUCACAGUACAAGUGGAACAGUAGUGUUGACCUGUUGACCUAUAGUUUUUUAUGUAAUUGUCUAAAAAGGAUAAUUGAGUGCCUUGUCAUGUUUUGUAUACUGUAAUUAGUUAGUUAAUUAUGUUUUCUAAACAUUUGUGAACAUAUGGUUGUAUAUUUUGCAAUCUAGCUUGGGUCCUCAAUCUCAAAAGCUUUGACUAAGCCAAGGAUGGAAGAACAGUUAAGGCUAAUUUAUAGCCUACAUAAGUAUGCAACGCAAUAACGCAAUUAGCUACACAAAAUGGCUGUCCUGCAGAAUUGCAUUGCAGAAUUUGCCAUUUCGCGUGGCUAAUUGCGUUCUUGCAUUACAUACUUACGUUGACUAAAAGGCUUUAGCAUAAUUUGCCUGUUCCGUCCAGUGAACACAAAAAAAGCACUCUCAAUGUCCUUUAUUCAUAGGAUGAUGUAUUUAAACAGAUUUGUGGAUGUGUGUUUGUAAAUAGGAAAAAUGCUUUUUGUACAUGUCUGAUCUCUUGGUGACACAAACUGAAGCCCAAACAAAGGCUUUCUAUCAUGUAACAAAGUCAGUAAAUAAUCUUAAAUUACAGCUGAUGCUUUUUUUUAAACAAGCUUGACAAAAAUACAUGAGCAUAUGACAAUGUAAUUGAUAUUCAUGUUUCAAACUGGAAAAGGAAAUAUACAACGGUUUAGAUGUUACAAUUACUAGCUUCCAUUUGAAAUGUAGGCUAAAAUGGUGUUGCUUUGCCAUGCUUUAAUUGCUUUUAUGAAUAAUUGAUAUACAGAAAUGGAAUAACAUGGAUCCUCUUAUGCUCUACAACCUGAUAAAUAAACUGAAACUGGAGUACA